CCAACACGAUUAAUAGUUUUGUCAAAUUUGAUGGCUUUCAUUCUGAUUAAUUUUUAUGUGCUGGAAUUUUAUUUAUUUAUGUUCAAUUAUUUUAUUAUAUGAAAUCUAAUCACAAUGAGUGGUGAAUACUACGGUGCCGAACAACCAAAAUUUUACGAUCACAAUUAUGGGGCAAUAUCUCCACAUUCUAAAAAUGACACUCCAGGUCCAGAUAUUCGUUUAAAUGAUAUUGAGGAGCAGCUAGAAAUUGCUGAAGACAAAUGUAAUACAUUAAAAGGGCAAUUAGAUUAUAUGAAACAUGUUUAUGGAACGAAGAAAAAAACGAGGAAAGUUUCUUCGGCUCAUCAAACUAUGAAAACAGAUGAAGGUUCAAUGAUUCUCUCCACGUCAUCGGUAUCUUUUGUGUCUGUCGAACAUAAAUCAUUGCCUAAAAGACAAAAUUCUAAUGCAAUUGGAACUGAUCAUUCUGGUGCAGCAGUAGAAACAAUAAAUACCAUAUUAUCUGGAAUAACAAAUUCCGUAAAUCGUUUAUCCGAGAUCCAUGUAAAAAAACCGGACAGUCCUGGAAAUAAAAUGGGAAAUACUUAUGUUUCGACAAACGUAUUCAAUCCAACUGAGGGUACGUCUGGCCAACGUAUAAUAGAUUCCGAAUUAAUAGCGGACAAAUCUUGCGUGGGUAACAACUAUUCGAAGAAAAAAUCAAAGGAUCUCAAAGGAUCUAUAAGGAAACAAGCAUCGAGUCAAUUGAUUAGGAAAUGCGUUAAAGUAGAUAGGAAAAUCAACAGUGCUGUUUGUAGCAAAUCUUUUUCCGCGACAAAAAACAAAAUGUAUCCUAUUAUGAAAUCUAGAGGUAACGCCAAACUAGUAGAAAUAUUUCAUAACAGAGAAGCCAAAAAUAGUGAUUCAGAGGAAUGCCAGAUAAAUAAACAAAUGAAUCCAGACGGCGACCAUAAAAAUAAACAUUCCGAUGUACCAAUUUUGGAACUUUCAAAUGACCCUCAGCAAAAUAUUCCUCUUACGCGUAGUAACACUAUAAGAUUGUGUCAGAAUGUUCUACAAGACGAGUACUGCUUUUGCCAAGAAGCACGUAGAAGUGAUAGUUAUCGAAAGAACUAUGAAUUACCUACAAUCGCUUCCCGAAUGAAACAAGUUGCUAAGACAUACCUGAGUACUUUUAGUUUCAAGACGAUGGUUAGUAAACUUGUUGGAGGAAAAGUAUCUAAUGAAAAAGUGACUCCUAAAAAGGCAAUACCAUUCUGCGCAGCUAUCUCUACAAGUCCUAGCCACAAUAUUGGAAUUAAUAUCCAACAAGUUAUGAAUAUUUUAAAGAAUAGGCAACCGGUGAAUGGAAUCUCACCCACUUUAGCUCACAAUAUUGGAUUAGCUGCGGAACGAUUGAAUAGUAAACCGUUAUCAACUUUGGUGACCACAAUUAACUCAAAUACUUGUUAUCUGAAACCACAGCAGUGUCCAUUAUCUAAAUGCAAAUUAAAUUAUCAGUAUCUACAGGACUUGGCUAAAAGCAUUCCAGAAGAAACAGUCGAAGAGGUCGAAGGUGAAGAUCAACAGCCCGAAAUCAAAACACUUUUCAUCACAGGUCCGUCUGGUGAUGUGGCUGUGAAAUGUCAAAAUUUCCCACAAUGGUCAGUGGAUCCUUCAGAAAAUAAUUUAUGUACUUGUGUUCCAAAUGCCGGCGCUGAUACCAAUUAUAAUAGUAAUAAAAUACUGAGAAAAUCAGGGACAGUAAUUUCAUCGCAAAUGUCGAUUGCUCAGAAAACAAAAGAUUUGUCUAGCAGUUUGAAAAUUGAGAAACGUCCACACACUACUCAGCCUAUUUCUUCAGCCCAGCAUAAUAUGUUCGAGGGAAAAGAGAGAAGUUUGAAAAUAGUUCUCACUCAUCUUCACGACGAAUUUGAAGCUUUGAACAAACAAUAUGAAGAAUUAUCCCGAAAAGCAAUAGAGAGUGACAGUCCCGAAAUGAAACAACUUGAAUCGUUGGAAUCAGUAUUAGUGAAAAAAGAAGAGGAGAUUUGUAUGGUGAUGAACUUAUGCCAAGAAGUAAUAGCUCUUAAACAGCAAAUCAAAACAUUGAAGCAGAAUAACAGUCAAUGUAAUGUUCCACAGGAUAGAAAAGACAACGAAAAUUCGUCCAAUUGCCAGGAUUUUAAUAAUCCGCGAGCGGCAUUUCAUUUAACUAAAUUAUUGAAACAAAUACAAACGUAUCAAUUGAAAUAUAAAAAUGGGGUAGGAGCGUGAAAAAAUAUAUCUGGCUAU